AUGGACGACGACAUAGCCGUCAUUGGCAUUGGAUGUCGUUUCCCAGGUGCAGACAACAUAGAUGAGUUUUGGCGUGUUUUAGUAAAUGGAGAAAAUCAUGUGGUCGACAUUCCACCUGAACGGUGGAAUAAUGAUGCGUUUUAUAGUGAGAACAGGAACGAACCAGGGAAACUGUAUGUCAAGAAAGCAGCAUUCAUAAAUAGACAUGAUGAGUGGGACAACAGAUUAUUUGGUAUUAGCGACAAUGAGGCGGCUCGUGUCGACCCCCAACAGCGAUAUGUUUUAGAAUGUGUCCAUAUGGCGAUGGAGGACUCGGGAAUCACAAGGAUGCAGCUACAAGGGUCGGAAACAGGAGUGUUUAUUGGUGCGAUGAACGGCGACUACGCGAGCCUUUCUGAUUUCGACCACGAUGGAGAUACAAAUUAUUCAGCAACUGGAGGAAGCAACACAGUCAUAUCUGCCAGAGUGUCGUAUGUUUACAAUUUACAAGGUCCCUCUAUGGUCAUAGAUACUGCAUGCUCCUCAUCAAUGACAGCAAUCCAUCUCGGAUGUCAAGCAAUCCGGAGUGGUGAUUGUGAAAUGGCAUUAUGUGGUGGCGUUUCUAGCAUAUUGUCUCCUGGUCUGUUUGUAACGCUGUGCAGAGCUAAAAUGUUGUCACCAACCAACCAGUGUCAAGCUUUUUGUGAUACUGCUGAUGGAUAUGUCCGUGGUGAGGGGUGUGGUAUCGUGUUUCUCAAGUCAUAUAAAAAGGCAAUCGAAGACAGGAACAAAAUCUGGGGAAUUUUGAAAACUGGUGUAAAUCAAGAUGGUCAAAUGGCUCAACCACUAACAGCUCCGGCUGGAAAACAACAAGAGAAAUUGCUGAGGAAAAUUUACACUAGAUAUAAUAUCAGUCCAUUGGACCUUCAGUAUAUAGAAUGUCACGGUACCGGGACCCCAGUUGGAGAUCCAACGGAAGUCAAUGCAUUUGGUAAUUUUAUUAAGACAUACAGGGAACAAAAUGACAAAUGCAGCGAUAAGUCUGAAGCAAUAAAUAUAAAUGUUAACGAAAAAGAUCCAGAAAAGGAAAGGUUGGUUGAAGAAAGGAGCGACACUAGGCAAUUCCUGCCGAAUCAAAAGGAUAUCUUGAUCGGAUCUGUAAAGACAAAUAUUGGCCACCUUGAAUCUGCAGCUGGAAUGGCAGCCCUUAUAAAAGUACUUUUGAUGAUGGAAAAAGGCAAGUUUGUGCCUAGUCUACAUGUAAGGAAGGACAAGUCAAAUAUAAACAAAAAGAUUAUGUUUGAAGGUUAUGGCUUAGACGUUUCCGUAGACGUUUCAGACUGGCCUCCAAAUGCAGAUGGUCAACGAGUAUGCUGUGUAAACUCGUUUGGUUUCGGUGGUUCCAACAUUCACGCGGUAGUUAUUCAGAAAACCAGCAAUCAAGCCGUUACUACAGAGGAUCUGAGCAAUGAGAUGAAAGUUAUUAACAUUUCUGCUUUAGAUAAGACUGCCCUAAAAUUGUCUCUACUUACACUGAAAGAAGAUAUAUCGUCGGGAUUGUAUAACAUUCAAGAUGUAAGCUUUACGUCAUUUUUCCACAGAGAACAGUUUGCUACAAAAACACUUGUCUACGGGAGAAAUAUAGACGAAGUCCGGCGAACAAUAAGCCAAAAGCUUCAUGACAUUGAUAAGCUUGAGAUACCCAAGAAACUGCAAUAUAUAUUUGUAUUUUGUGGAGUAGGAACAGCUUGGAAAGGAAUGUGUAAGGAAAUGAUGGAAACUCAGCCGGUGUUUAGAAGUACAGUGGCAGCAAUCGACGACAUAUUAGAACCACUUGCAGGUUAUAGAAUGGCAGACAAAUUCAGAAAACACACGGACUAUAGCGAUCCUUUCCUAAACCACGUUGCAAUAUUUUGUACACAAGUUGCGUUGCUAAAACUCUGGCAGAGCUGGGGAAUUAACCCAAAAGUUAUAAUUGGGCAAUCCGUGGGGGAAGUUGCGGCAGCAUAUGCGUCAGGUGCAUUAACAUUAAAUAAUGCAAUCCAGGUAAUAUUCCAUCGGUCAAAAUGUUUGGCACAGCAGACGGGAGGAUGUAUGAUGGUUGUUGGAAACUAUAAUCUUGGCAAAUUAGAGAAGCUUUGCACAAAAUACGAUAAAAGGGUUGUUAUAGCUGUUUUUAACAGCCCUUUGUCGUGCACUUUAUCUGGUGAUACGGACGUGAUGGCAAAAAUCAAGUCUGAACUUGAGGCACUAAAUGAAAGAGAAAACGCAGGAAUUCUGAUAAAAGUGAUAUCCGUACAAUGCGCUUAUCACAGCCAACACGUAGACCCAUGUUUGGACGAAAUAAGACGAAAACUUCAAGAUAUAAAAAGUGGCAGGAGAGAAAUUCCACAAAUUUCAACAGUAACCGGAGAACUGACAGGAGAAUCUGACUUCCAUACAAGCAAUUACUGGGCUAAUAACAUACGGAAACCUGUUCGAUUUAUGCAAGCUGUUCAUGGAGUCCUCGAAAAAGAUGUGACCAAUGUAUUUGUGGAAAUUGGACCAAGACAGGUUCUUCGUUUGCACUUGAAAAACAUCGUAGACAAUGUUUACAAAGGCAUAUGUCUCCCGUCAAUGAAUGUCAAAAAGGAAAAUGAUUGCAUUUAUGCUUCACUUAGUACACUGCAGGAAUAUGGAGCUAUGAUUAACUGGCAAAACAUUAUACAGUCAUUUGGCAACGUUGUCGCCAUUCCUCGAUAUAUCGGCAAAACUACAAAUAGCUUAUACAUUCCGCAGAAACACCAGACACUUUUGAAAGGAAUCAGUAGAGACCGUGAGGUUCACAUGUACGUUCGAGGUGAAUCUGGCAAAGUAUUUUUUCAGAUUGAUAAGGAAUCGACGCCAUUUGUUUACGACCAUUAUUUCUACAAUGUGGUUCUAGUACCGGGAGCCAUAUAUAUCGAAGCUGCUUUUGCAAUUGGCCAGAGAAUUACAGAAUUAAAUGCGUUUGAAAUAGCCGUUUCAGCAGAAUUUGAAAAUACACUCAUGCCUCAGGGCAACAAUCAAUAUUUGGUUGAUGUUCAAAUUGAAAACGACGUAGGAAGCAAACAAAGGCUCUUCGUGGCUAGGAAUGAAGGAAAAACUCUUUGUCGUGGGACGAUAUCGCAGAGACCAAAGUCACAAAGAAAAUGGUUGGACGUUUAUCCAAUAAAAGAGAGAUGCGCUAAAUACAAGACCCAAGACGAAUGCUACGCAUUUUCAGAGCAGUUUCCUUUUAAAUAUGGAGAUUCGUUAAGGAUAAUGCGUCAAGCCUGGGCAACAGAUACAGAAUGUCUGGUUGAGUUCGAGUUGGAAGAUUCAGUGAAAUCACAGUGUAAAUCGACACAUUUCCAUCCCUGCAUUAUUGAUGGUCUGUUUCAAACGGUCGCAAUAUUGAUGAAACGCGACAGAUCCAAUUCAUCGCCAGUCCUACCAAAGGGCGUCGAUUCAGUUGUUAUAAACAGACCACAACAAAGCAAAAUGUUUGCUUACACUCAGUUGCUGAGGAGGACUGAUAUCGGGAGUCAUUACAACUUUCUGUUGAUAACGCCUGAUGGUCACGUGAUAGCUGAAAUUGAAAAUUUCUACAUCCAGACAAUGGGCGUACCAAGCACACUGGAUAGAAUAAGUUUCAAAAUCAACUGGCGUCAGGUAACCAUUUCUGAUUUCAACAAGGAUAACAACGAAGGACAUGUUGUCGUUUUUGGAACAAAGAGAUUUAUUGAAUGCUACAAAGCUACAGAGGUCAACGACAAUAGCUUCGUUUCUAUCAGUAUUUCUGACAACAACUUCAAUGAGGACUCUUUUGGGAAUACAAUUUCAAAAUACGCUAAUUCUUUGCGGGCCAUUGUGUUUGCCCCAUGCUAUAACAUCCAGCACGUUCUCCCUAGUGAGAUACGUAUUUACCAGGCAGCAAAGGAAAUGUUUCUGGUGCUUCGACAACUCUUGACUUUUGUACAAGAAAAUACUAGUAGUUUGAACGUUCCGUUGUAUGUAGUUACUGAAAAUACAAUUGCAUCGGACAAGCAUAACAUUUCUGCCUCAAAUAUUUGUGGAUCGGAGGUUUGGGGAAUGGUUCGCUCGUCUGUUUUGGAAACAGCCUUUGAUAACCUAGUACUACUUGAUAUGGAGUUGACAACAGAGAAUAUGGCUAACCUUCAAAAGAUAGUCCGGUCGAUGGUGAAGAAUGUCAAAGAAUAUUUACUAAACUGCGGUCAAGUGUUCUGCAGUGAAAUACUUGAAUAUAAUGAAAGCAAACACGCGACUGCUGUCAAUACAGAAAUCAACCUUGACACCUUUGAUUAUGCCGCCCUGAAAACAUCUAACCCUGCCGUUGCCAAAAACCUAUACUUUGAAUUAUGCCAAAGUUCUCAAGGCGAAGGUAAGAGAUCAACUCAAGAAUAUUCGGUUCGUCUUCAUUCAUUUUGUUUGCAUGAUCCUUCGCUUUUUCCGAUUUCACCAGUUUUGCUUGACACAGAAGAAAUUAUAUGGCCUGAAGAUGAUUCUAAGGGAUUUCAAAUGAUGUGUUUAGAAGGUAUUGGAUGGGAAGAGGAUAAAUUCCUUUCUGGAACAAACCCAACUAACCCAACAGUUGGAUUUUGUUUUCCAACUGAUGUUAAAACAGUUGUCAGAAUUCCAUCUCAAUAUACAUUCAAUCCAGAAUGCUUUUCAAAGUAUAUUCCAGGCAUGAUGUCAGUCGCAGUAAUAAUUUUGAAAAUUGUUGAAUCCUGUGAGCCAGCAAGUAAUGUAUGUGUAGUUGUUGACAAUGAUUCUAAUUCUUGGUUGCAGCUUAUUCGGUCUUUGUUUUCAAACCUCUCCUCAUCUACUGUCCAUGUAGAGCAAAAGGAUUCUGUUUCCGGUGCUACAGACAAAAGUGAUGCACAGACAGUUGUUAUUCUUUCAAAUGUCACUCACAAACAUAUAGAAAAGCUCCAUUUCCGCUUUCCCGGCUUGCAGAAAGUCGUUAGUCUCGAGCAGUAUCUCCCUAUGUACAUGAAAAUAUGGAUAGAACAUGAAAUCAGCGAUGUAGAAACAGAUGUCCUAAGGACAGAAAAUAUCUUUACUUCUUCAGAGUUACCAGAAAAAGUGAAAACGGUGACAGAAAUUUUACAAAGCUCAACCAAAUUUGAAAAUAUAACACAGACAGAAGAAAGCGAACACACUAAAGUUCAGAAAGAGGAACACAGGGCUGAUAUUCUACAUUUACCUUUUCCAGUCUUAACGGUCUUAGAAGGGAAGAAAUCGACAGGUAAAGUUCCUUUGAAAGUACCUUGCAAUGGUAUUUUUCGUAAAAAUGGAUGUUAUAUCCUUGUUGGUGGACUGACUGGAUUAGGGUGGGAGCUACUUCAGUUGCUGGCAGAGCUUGGGGCGGGUUAUAUAGCCACUCUAUCAAGACGUAAACCUACAGGUGAUAGGAUGCAAGACAUCAAAAAUAUUAUGAAAAAGUUUAAUUGUACAGUGCUUCCAAUUCAAGCAGAUAUUACUAAAUUAGAUGAGCUCAGAUCAGCAAUCGGGGAAAUCCGAUCGAAAAUUGGUAAUAAACAUAUAAAAGGCAUAUUCCAUGGUGGUGGUGUAACAGCAGAUAAAUUGCUCAAGAACAUGACCGAUACAGAUGUAGACACACCAUUGCUUCCAAAGAUUUUAGGCACAUGGAAUUUGCAUACUGUUGCGGAAGAUAUGAAUCUUGACUUUUUUGUGAUGCAUUCGUCUGUUGCAGGUGUCAUUGGAAACGCAGGUCAAUGUAAUUAUGCUGCAGGCAAUACAUUUCAGGACGCAGUUGCUCACUACCGUAAGAGUCAUGGCUUGUGCGGAACGAGUAUAAACUGGAGCGCAUUGUCGCUUGGCAUGGCAAAGGAGAAAGCAGAGUUAGAAACAUUUCUGAAAAACCAAAGAUUCAACUAUCUCAGUCUAGAGGACAUAAGAAAUUGUUUCAUGCAGUCACUGACAUGUCAUCUGUCACAGGUUAUGUUCGGUAGAUUCGAUUGGGAGAAGUUUCGGCUCCAUCCUAUUGUUAAGAUGUUUCCACACAAGUUUUCAAAAAUAUUAAGCAAAUAUGAGAAGGCAACAACAAAGAAUCUUGAGAAAAAGUCUCAUUUUGACAUCGACGAUUAUCACAACUCUCACCCAAAAGACAAGAAGAAUAUGGUAUUCGAACUACUAAAAAUGACAAUAGGUGAUACAUUCGUAUUUGAUGACACCGUCAUCACAGAAGAAACAAACUUUGUCUCACUAGGCAUUGAUUCCAUGGCUGCAAUGAGCUUCAUAAAUUUUGUAUUUGAGGCGACGCAAGUUAGAAUUCCAGAAGGAAAAUUAUUUGCAGAUUCAGCCACAGUUGCUACUCUUAUCGCCUAUAUAAUAGAGCAUAUUCCAAAGCAAUUGGGAUUUAAAAAUAAGUCUGUCGGUGAAGAAAACAAGAAGCUACUUCAGUAUUUGCAAGGAGACAUUACUUUUAUGCAGAAAAUGGUUUUAGAUGACAUGAAGAAACACAAUGGAGGAAACUUCAUAUACCAGAUAGAUAUUGAGAUCUUUGGCGAAAUAUUUACUUUGCAAGGAUGGAAAACGGUUGUGAAUCAUAUAGUGAAAAUGAACCCAGACCUGCGUCGAGUGUACAGGGCAAAAGAUGACGGUACUUACCAGUCCACAUUGAUUGGAAAGAAUGACGUUAAUGUCGACAUAUCGCAAGUGGAAUUUGACAGUAUAUGCCAGGAUAAUACCGUUGACAAAAGAAAUCAUGUGUAUUUUGAUCUCACUAAGGAGCUACCUCUCAAAUUUCAGUACGCCUGCCAAAAUGACAAAACAAGACUUCGACUUUACAUUCAUUCUGUAGCUUGUGAUUUAUCAGGUGUCACACUCCUUUUCACCGAUUUAAAGCUUUACUUUAAGUCGUUUCAUACAAAUCAGUCUUUACCCGAAAAGAACACAGAUAUUGAUCUGGCAGAUGAUGUUCGCUGUACGCGAGCUCUACUUCACCCUGAAACUAAAUUGUAUUGGAAGGAUCAGUUUAAUUCAGAUAUUCGACCAUUUACAUUUGGAGCAAGUCUUUCUGAGAAACAGAAUGAAGAUGACUUCAAAGAAAUAACUGUUAGUCUUCCUAUGUCAAAGGUAGAACGAGUACUAGCAUAUGUUCAAGAAAAGGGACUCUCAGUUUACACAUUUGUUACUGCUGCCUACCUAGUUACUCUCCGUCAGAUGACAAAAAUGGACGUUAUACCACUUCUGAAUGUAACUGAUAUGCGAAGUCAUAUUCCAAAACUUAAUUCCUACAUUACAAGAGGAGGAAAUCUUGUUCCUUUUAUCGGAGAUAUGAGAAACAUGGGAAAUGUUGGUGAUUUUCUAAAGCGAAUUUCAGAUGGUCUGUCUAUGAUGACUCGGCAUAGUAUAUAUCCUUUCGAACUUAUUAAAGACGAAAUACACAGUGAAGAGUUGAAAACACAUAUAAGUAGGCACUUGCUUGCUGCAGACAAUAUGACAAAUGUAAACAAAAUUUUGAAAGACAGAAAUGUUUCAGUCAAGUCUAUCGUACAUAGAAGAUGCUACUAUGAAACUGUCAUGAUAAUCGUCUAUGAUCUACUACAGAAAGAAAUAUAUCUUACAUUGGGAUACAACUCAAAGGCACUGAAAGAUGGAGAGGCAAAGCUUAUUCCAAUGAGUGUUUUUGAUCUUAUGGAAGCCUUUAUGACUCAAGAAAACUUAGAUGUCGGAGAAAUACUCAUAGGAAAUGAUUUUCCGAUGUCGAGAGGAACUUUAUCCGAUAAGGAAGUAACUUAUUAUCUCGAACAGCAUAAAAAAUCAGAAUCGAAGCUUCAGACAAACAUGAUGAGUAUGGAAAUGAAAGUUGAAAAAAUCACCGGAUUUAAGGAGACAGUAUCAGAUGAACAACUCAAGAAGGCUAAAGAUGAUGACGAAAGUCAAACCAUUUUAUAUGAAGGUUGCUUCAAACAACAUUCAAGCGAUGGAUGCGAACAAGAUGUGACACUUUUAUUGUUGAAGGAGACCUAUAGCUCAGGUAGUGAAGAUGUUGCUUUAAGUUGGAAGGCAGAGGAAAAUUGGUCAGAACGCAAAUUAUCAGUUCACAAAAUUUCAGACGUAAAAUUUCAAGAAAAAGAAGGUUCUUUUUAUAUUAUGCUGAAAAGCCAUAGCCGAUGGUUUAUUUUUAAAUCAUAUUCCGGGGAAAAAGCUUUGACCUUGAUUGCGAAGUUAAGGGAAGCCGUUUCUGAACAAAAGACCAUUUACAAAGAUAAAAAAAGAGCCAGUAUUCCACAUUUAGUUUGACGAGAUGCGAUAAAAAUGACACACAAUCACAUUGAUUGAAAUGCUUCUUACAAACUGAUAAAGGUUAAUUUGUCGUAAAAAUAAUUACGACAUUUCGUAAAAGCAAUAGGAAUACAUACCUCUUGUCGUUGAUCUUGCAUAAUCAACACUCUUGUUGUAACUUAGUAAAGAAAUGAAGGUGAUAUGAAGACGUUAGGCGGUUAGUUGGAGCCUACUGCACAUCAUUUGAAUGUCAAAAAUACUUUUAACAAUGUCAAGCUGAAAUGUUGCUACCAGACUAAUUUGUUGUUCGUUUAUAAGAUAUAUUGUAUGGAAAGAAGAAAAAUAAGACAAUUUGUGUUUUAAUCAUUUUUUUUAUUUCAGCUUAUCUUUUAAGGGAAUUUUUCAAAAGCAUUUUCGUGUAUGUUUUGAUUCUUGUGAUCCUUUAUUAUUUUCUUUUUCUAACAGAAAAGUACUCAUCGAUAAAAUGUUAGUCUACCUUGAAUUAUGGAGGCAUUUUAAUUGUCAGAAAAGAUAAAGUGAAAUUAUCGAAUCCACAUAGCAAUUAAUUGUCCUAUAUACAUGUAUAUAUACAUUUCAUUCCUAAAUCAAACUAUAAUCAUAUACAAGUUUUGUAUUAGUUUUCUUGUAUAAAUUUCAAUUAGAAAAAGUCGAAUGACUAGAUUAUAAUAUUUGCACUAUGGUUCCUAAAUUGGUGGUUUUUGUCGCAUUAAUUCUUGUAGUAUUGUAUAAAUAUUGUUGGUUUCUUAAACUACAUGUUUAUUUGGAGAUAGUGCUAUGAUUAAUAUCAAAUUGUUGCUUUUGCUUAUUCAUCUUUUGUGUUAUGAGUUUAUAUUAUUUUUUCUCAUUCACUUGACUAUCUAGAAGAGUGUAUUAUGCUUCCUGUUUUAUUCUAAGCUCACCUGAGGCAAAGGAUCAAGGUGAGCUUUUAAGACCGCGUGAUGUACGUCGUGCGUCCGUCAGCAUUUUCUGAAAAAUCUUCUUCAAAACCACUGGGCAGAUUUACACCAGAAUGCUUCUUGGGUAGUCCCUUUUCAAACUUGUUCAUUGAAUUGAAUUCAACACAGAACUAUGGUUGCCAUGACAACCGAAAGAAAAAACUUUAAAAAAGUUAUCUUGGCUAAUCCGCAAAGCGUAGGGCCUCGAUAUUUGGCAUGAGACAUCAUCUAAUGAAGACUGUUCAAAUUAUGCUCCUGGGUGAAAAGAGGCCCCGCCCCGGUGUCUUAAGUUUUACAUAGUCGUAUAAAAGGAUUUUUUUAAAAAACCUUCUUGUCUGAAACCACACGACCUAGGCCUUUGAUAUUUGAUUUGAUAUGCAGGAUUGCCUUGUGGUCCCAUACCAAGAUUAUUCAAAUUAUUACCCUGGGAUGAAAAGAGGGGGUCAAAGGUUUUAGACUUAUAUAAGAAAAAAACUUAAGAAAUCUUCUUGUCUAAAACUGCAAGGCCUAGGCUUUUGAUAUUUCGUAUGUUGCAUUGCCUAGUUGUCCUCUACUAAAAUGUUUCAAAUAAUGACCCUGGUGUGAAAAGAGACCCUGCCGAGGGGUCCGAAGUUUUACAUAGACUUAUAUAGGAAAAGAUUUUAAAAAUCUUCCGGUCUGACAGUUCAAGGCCUAGGCAUUUGAUAUUUGGUAUGCUGUAUUGCCUAGUGGUUCUCUAACAAGAGUGUUCAAAUUAUGCCCCUGGGGUGAAAAGAGGCCCCGCUCCGGGGGUAACUUGUUAUAUGAGUUUUAUAGGUAAAACAAACUUCAAAAAUUAUCUGAUCAUAUUUCCUAGAAUGUUUAAUUAUAAUUACCUGAUGAUCCCAAGUAAUAAGGUGUCACUUGACUAUGACCUUGACCUACUGCCUUGUCUUUUGAGAUGCAGCCUCGAAAUUUGGAUGACAUUUACAGUUUUAUAUACCAAUCUUAAAACUGACCUAUAGUGACCAUGAAUUUUACCUACUGACCUACAUUCUAUUUUAGCAUCAAACUGAUGACAUUUGAAACAUGUAGCUCAUAUAACUCAGGCGAGCGAUCAAGGGUCAUCAUGACCGUCUUGUUUUAUUGUUUUGUUCUCAUUCAUCAUUUGUAGUAUGGUCAUCACAUAUAUUGUUGUUUUCUAAUCCAUAUGUUUAUUUUGAUAUUUGUGUUAUGAUUCACAGAACCUUGAAGGUGAAUUGAAUUUACCAUACAAAAUGAUAAGAAACUCAUAGAAGAUUAAUUAUUUCUAUGUUUUUGUUUUGUUACAAAUCAUCAUUGGUAGUAUAAUUAUUACAUUGUUGUUUUUCAAUCCAUAUGUUUAUUUGGAGAUGUGUGUUUUGAUUCAUAAAAUCGUGGCUAGCUGAAUUGAAUUAUCAUACUAAAUGAUAAGAAACUGCAUGAAAUCAUUAUGAUCCCUUGAUUGUAUUUUGUUCCUUUCUCCGUAUUAAUCAUUUGCUAUAUGACUAUCAUGUUGUUCUAAUCAACAUAAUAAUUUAAAGAUUCGAUUGUUGGUUUUGAUUAUACAUUGUGUUAUGAAUCCUUAAUUGUUUUUGUGUGUGUUCUUAUUCACUUGACCAUAUCUAGGCGGUUGCACUGUGCUUCCUAUAUUAUUGUGUUUUGUUUUUCUGAUUCACGUGCCUGUUUAGUAGUAGGUAAUUUAGAUAACCCACUUUUUUAAUUCAAGUUUCUGUUUAAAAAAUUGCAUCAUUUUUAUGGUAUUAUUGUUUAUUCCUUAUUUAUGUAGGCACUCCAUAAAACUUACAGUAACAAAUACACAUGUGAAAGUUUGCUUUAAAAUGGAUAUACAUGCAUUGAAGCAUGUAAUCUAUUUAGUAAUAUAGUUUUGAAUCAAACUGCUUCAAUACAUUAUUAAGGUAAUAAUGAUAAUUUGAAUGGUUUGGAAAUGUGCUUCAAUGUUUUACAUUGAAAAAAUUAUUGUUAAAUAAAUAUAACUGCAUAGAUAUGCAUUAAUGUU